AUGGCGAAGGGCGGUCAGUCUGAGGCCGAGUUAGCGGCGGCGACUUCAACCUCCGCUUCCACACCCGCCCCCGGGCGGCCGAGGGCGACGCAGCAGUGGCUGGAGAUCGAGGGCUACCGCGUGGAGGGCAUCUCCAUCGCCGGGCACGAGACCUGCGUCAUAUUCCCCUCCCUCAACCUCGUCUUCGACAUCGGCCGGUGCCCGCCGUUCGCCGUCUCGCAGGACUUCCUCUUCGUAUCCCACGCGCACAUGGACCACAUCGGGGGCCUCCCGAUGUACGUCGCCACGCGGGGCCGCAAGCGGAUGCGCCCGCCCACCGUCUUCGUCCCCGCCUGCCUCGCGGACCUCGUGCGGAGGCUCUUCGACGUGCACCGCGCCAUGGACCAGUCCGACCUCGACCACAAGCUCGUGCCGCUCGACGUCGGGGAGGAGUACCAGCUCACCAAGGACCUCAGGGUGAGGGCGUUCAGAACCUACCACGUCGUACCCAGCCAGGGGUAUGUGAUAUACAAGGUGAAGCAGAAGCUCAAGGACCAGUAUGGUGGCCUCCCUGGGAAAGAGCUCAGUAAUCUCAGAAAGUCUGGAGUAGAGAUUACGAAUGUAGAGUCAACACCUGAGAUUGCUUUCUCUGGAGAUACAAUGUCAGAUUUCAUCCUUGAUCCUGAUAAUGCAGAUGUGUUGAAGGCAAAGAUUCUUGUGGUCGAGAGUACUUUUAUUGAUGACUCCAAAUCAAUUGAGGAUGCAAGAGAAAAAGGGCACAUUCACUUGUCUGAGAUUGCGAGUCUGUCUGACAAGCUUAAAAACAAAGCUAUUCUACUGAAUCACUUUUCAAAUCGAUAUACUGCUGAGGACAUUGAUGCAGCAAUAAAUAGAUUGCCACCAUCUUUCCGAAGCAGAGUCUAUGCAUUGAAGGAAGGCUUCUAG